CCUUGGCCAUUUCCUCAGUUUGCUUCCCCAAAACAGGAGCAGAGAGUUCAGAAAAAAAAAGAGCAAUGGCGAGCGAGAUCGUGGUCUGCGUUGCUGAACCCUCAGCUUCAUCGAGCUCCGAGCCGAGAAAUAACGGUGGGUGUCCCGCUGUUCCGCAGGAGGAGGUUAGGAGAAGAGGGGGAGAUGAAGAGGAGGGCCUAGUACAGUGCAGGAUUUGCCUUGAAGAAGGGAAUCAAAGCGAGAUGGAAGCUCCUUGUGGGUGCAGUGGAUCGAUCAAGUUUGCCCAUAGAUCAUGCCUUCAAAAGUGGUGUAAUGAGAAGGAAGGUAUCAUCUGUGAAAUCUGCAAAAAGAUUUAUCCCCUAAGGUACAUUCCUGAAAGCAGAGGCUGGUGGGAAAUGAACUCGACAAGUAUCAGGCAAGACUUUCUGGAGCCAAUAGACGAAGAAUCUCUUGCAGCAGCCUGUCUUGCUUCCACACUGCUGAUGCUAUUUCUCUUGCACUACAUCUUUAUGAUAAUGGGCGACUGGGGAAUCGUGCAGGAUGUUUCAGUAUAUUUCAAGGCAACUCUCUUCAUUGCUAUCUUGCUUUUACCUUGCUGUGCAAUUGGACGAUAUUGCUACAGGUUGCGAAAUCAACAUAGAAGGGAGCAUGGAGCAUAAUCUUUUUGAUACCUCCAUUCAGAGAUAGACAAAGAUAGUAACGAACACGAGAGCCAAAUACCGUUAUACUGUACAUACUUACAAAUUGAUCUUGCUGUAUGCUAAGAGAAAGCAGUCAUUGUUGAGUUAUUGUACAUUCAUCCUCUUGGAAGUGAAAAUAGAAAAAGAAAUUGAUUGAUUUUA